AUGGAAUGUCUACACGAACCAAUAAUAGACAAUAAAGUGCUUGCUAACUACGUGUUAAGGAGAAUGCCUUACAUUUUUAAUUACAUAUCUUACUCUGUUUUCAGUGCGGCUUUGACUGAGAAUAAUGUGACGUGGGGUCAACUCCGUGAUCACUAUUCAAAACUAGCAGUGCUCGUUAAGGAAAUAGAUGAGCAGCUGAGCAGUUUCAUUCUUUUAUCAUUCUUCACGGACUUGUUUUUCAUUUGUGUACAGUUAUAUAAUUCAUUACACCGGAAUCAUGCCAGUUUUAAGAAUUGUGGUGAGGAAGAAACAAAGAGGGUUCUGUCGUCACCGGAUUACCUGCUUUACUAUCUCUAUUCCUUCUUAUUUUUGGUGCUACGAGCUCUAUUUAUGUCUUUAUUUGCCGCCAACGUAUAUACAGCUGCUCAAGAGCCAAUAUUCUCUAUAUAUGAUGUAUCAACUUCAGAGUAUGAUCAGGAGGUACGACAAUCCAAAGUAAGCUUUCGCCUUGCGGUCAAAUAG